GGCCGCGUCCUCCACCCCGGAGUCCCUCCACCCGGGAGUCCCGCCGCCGCCGCCGCCCGGGAGCCGGGCCGGGCCGCCAUCAUGCUGAGCCGGCUCGGGGCGCUGCUGCAGGAGGCCGUGGGGGCGCGGGAGCCCACCAUCGACCUGCUGGAGGCCUUUGUGGAGCACUGGAAGGGCAUCACCCACUACUACCUGGAGAGCACAGAUGAAAACACCCCGGCCAAGAAAACGGACAUUCCCUGGCGGCUGAAGCAGAUGCUGGACAUCCUGGUGUACGAGGAGAAGCAGCAGGCGGCCCCCGACGCAGCUGGGCCCUGCCUGGAGUACCUGCUGCAGCACAAGAUUCUUGAGACACUGUGCACGCUGGGCAAGGCCGAGUACCCCCCGGGCAUGCGGCAGCAGGUGCUCCAGUUCUUCAGCAAAGUCCUGGCCCAGGUGCAACACCCCCUCUUGCAUUACCUCAAUGUCCACAGGCCUGUGCAGAAACUUCUCCGACUUGGUGGGACAGUUCCCGGCUCCCUCACAGAAAAGGAGGAGGUGCAGUUCACCAGCGUCCUCUGUGCCAAGAUCCAGCAGGACCCAGCCCUGCUCACCUACAUCCUGGAAGGUAAAAAGAUCAUAGGCAGGAAAAAGGCAUCCAGAGAACCCACCACCUCUCCUGAAGAGGCAGCCGGCCACAAGGACAAGGACCAUUCCCACAGGAAGGCUUCGGUCGGUCCUCCCACAUGUGAGGGGGAGCCCUGUGGGGCCAAAGCCUUGAACCCCCAGCUGCCUGCUGAGACCGAUGGUGGGAGCGGAGAGAGCAACCUGAUCACCACCCUGAUCGGGCUGUGCAAGAGCAAGAAAAGCCGGGUGGCCCUGAAGGCCCAGGAGAACCUGCUGCUCCUGGUAAGCAUGGCUUCCCAGGUGGCUGCCACCUGCCUGGUACAGAGCAGCCCCUGUUGCCUUGCACUCGCCGAGCACCUGUGCCAGCAGUACCAGUCCCUGCCCACCUUCCUCGACCCUGCAGACAUCGCCACUUUAGAGGGCAUCAGCUGGAGGCUGCCCAGUGCCCCCUCUGAUGCGGCUUCCUUCCCUGGCAAGGAGGCCCUGGCUGCCUUCUUAGGCUGGUUUGAUUACUGCGACCACCUCAUCAUGGAGGCACACACGGUUGUUGCAGAUGCCUUGGCAAAGGCCGUGGCUGAGAAAUUAUUUGUGGAGAUUCUGCAGCCCCAGCUCCUGCAAGUGUCUGAGCAGAGCCUGCUGACCUCCACCGCCCUGCUGACGGCCAUGCUGCGCCAGCUCCGCUCCCCAGCUCUGCUGCGGGAGGCUGUGGCUUUCCUCCUGGGCACCGAUGGGCAGCCCGAAACCCCCGGGGACAAAUCCCGCCCUCUGUGCGCCCUCCUCAUUGGGCACUGCGACCACCUUUCUGAUGAGAUCAGCAUCGCCACACUGCGGCUGUUUGAGGAGCUGCUCCAGAAGCCGCACGAGCAGAUUGUCCACAGCCUGGUCCUGUGCCACCUCGAGGGCCGCCUUUAUGUGACCCGGGGCGCGCCUGAGCCCGAGAGCUAUGAGGACACCCUAGAUCUGGAGGAAGACCCCUACUUCCCCGAUGGCUUCGAUUCGGGAUUUCAGCCCUCCUCGAAGCCUCCCCCGGUUCCCACCACCAGCUCCGACGGCAGAACGGCAGUGACGGAGAUUGUCAACAGUUUCCUCUGCCUGGUUCCUGAAGAAGCCAAGACAUCAGCUUUCCUGGAGGAGACGGGAUAUGACACCUACGUCCAUGACGCUUACGGCCUGUUCCAAGAGUGCAGCUCCCGAGUCGCCCCCUGGGGCUGGCCCCCAGGCCCCACGCCCCUGGAUCCCCACGAGCCCGAACGGCCCUUCUUUGAGGGUCGCUUCCUGCAAAUGCUCUUUGAACGCAUGUCCCGGAUUCUGGAUCAGCCAUACAGCCUGAACCUGCAAGUGACCUCAGUCCUAUCCCGGCUCGCCCUCUUCCCCCACCCCCAUAUCCACGAGUACCUCCUGGAUCCCUACAUCAACCUGGCCCCUGGCUGUAGGAGCCUGUUCUCUGUGCUUGUCAGGGUUAUUGGGGACUUGAUGCAGAGAAUUCAGAGGGUACCCCAGUUCCCAGGCAAACUGCUCCUCGUACGAAAGCAGCUGAUGGGUCAGCUCCCUGGGGAACAGAACACACAGGCGGCGCCAGGCAUUACCUCACAGCAGGACUGCAGCUGCUGGCUUUGCUCCUGGGCAAGGAGGAGCAGGCCAGAGCCCCUUUCGCUUCCUUUUCCUUCCCAUGCCGCUUCUAGAAGGCAGGCACAGGUUGCCAAGAGGUGACAUGAAAGCAGAGGAAACUCAGUGACCUCUACCUCUCCCGCAUUCCUCCAAGCUGGGGAGGACUUAGCUGCUGCUCUGAAGAACAGCGUGCAUGCGUGUGCACACAUGAGCAUCUGUGCACGUCUGUGCUGGUAUGGGACCAGGGGAGUGGAUCUCAGUGGGUGAACUGGGUCCGGACUCAGGUUCAGAAAAUGUUGGAGGGUCUGGGAGUCAUAGACCACCCCCCCCUCCUCAGUGCGCUGUGGCAUUUGCCUGGUGUCUCCCGAGACAGCACAGCAAUAAAUGGUGUGGUUGCAUGGACAGCGGA